AUGUCGCAACACUCGCCAUCUUCCUACAACGUGGGCUACCCACCGCCGCCCCAGCAGACCGCCGGACGCAAGCGCAGCCACCAGGACGACUUGCAGCACGAACUGCCUCCGAGCUUAGAGCAGCAGCUCAAUCCCUACGCACAAGCAACGGGAAGCGUCUCACUACAACACGCGACCCAGGGUUACUCCCUUCAACAGUAUCCGCCGCCCGCUCCACAGUCCUCUUUACCUCCCACACAUCACCACCAUCUGCCAAAUACUCAUCGCAGUAAGAGACAUCACCCGAUGGAGGGCCAACCUCCCUCUCCCGCUCAACACCAUGGCCCUCCUAGCGUAGUCGGUCAAGAAGGGAUGCCCCCGCCAGCGCAACGACCCCGCGGCCCAAAGCUCAAGUUCACGCCCGAGGACGACCAGUUACUCGUCGACCUCAAAGAGAAGAAAAACCUCACAUGGAAGCAAAUCGCCGACUUCUUCCCUGGCCGCAGUUCUGGCACACUCCAAGUACGGUAUUGCACGAAGCUCAAAGCAAAGACCACUGUCUGGACGGAUGAUAUGGUGGUAAAGCUUCGCAACGCCAUGCAGGAGUACGAGAACGACCGAUGGCGCAUCAUUUCCUCGAAGGUUGGCAGUGGCUUCUCGCCCGCCGCGUGCAAGGACAAGGCCGAGGCACUUGAGGCUGUGGAGUUGGCUGCGCAGGAAGAGGAGGAGGAAGAAUCACAACAUCGACAACAUCAACACCAGGGUGCCUACUCCUCGUCUCAGAUGGCAGCUGGUCCCAGCGAUCCCGGCGCAAGUUACCAAUGA